UGGCACUUUGGAUUUGGAAUCCGCAGUAACUCCUGAAAAUAUUGCUCCCGUCAAAAUACUGCGCAGUUCAAAACAUCGCAUGACUGGACUGCUGAAAAUAAGGAAAUGCCUCUGGCCUCAUUACCCUUGGGUAUAACAGUGCAUGUUGCGAUUGCGCAUCGCCAUCGACAUCCUCAUGCCACCCUUCCGCAACGGACCUGUUCAACCCUCGUCGUCGUCGUUCGAACGCCCUCUUACCACCCUCAGUGUCAGUGUCAGUCGAAGGUGCAAAAACAUCAAAAAAAUCCCAAAAUAAAAGAACUCUAGUGCUAAAAAUAUAAUAACCGAGCCGCUUCGCACAGGAUAUUGGGCUAUGAAUGAAGACCCAACCCCUUUACUACGAGAUUCUGGCGGUGCUGUUUUUGUCUGUGAUACCCUGGCCAGGGCCGAGUGUAUUUAAGAUAUCAUGCCCACGAGAUCGCGCGUCUAUUGUGAGGAGGAUCGUACAGAAGAGAUGGAUCCCCAUUCUGAAGAAGUAUCAAGUCGAGUUGCCUUUGGAAUGUCCCUUCCACGAGAGUCGGGACAUAUUUUUCCCUCAACAGGCAGCGAAACAUCAACACAGGUCUUCUCAAUGGACGUGCGGUUUAUGUGGGAAGUCAUUUUACACCGAAAAUCAUUUGGACGCUCACUUCGAUAACAGGCACAAAAGUAAUGUUAAUACUGCAGAAGACGCUAUUUGUCUCGCAGACUAUUGUGACAUAAUGAGGUGUGAUGUUCUGGGAAAUCGAGACUUUGAUAGCUCGCUGGUCGAUGGCAAAAGUCCUUUAAACACAGAUAUUCAAGUCUGGAGAGAAAGCACGGAUCACAGGGGGUCUUCUACACCUUGUGAGAAUCGUGAACUUUCCAGAACCUAUCGAGGGGAUAAAUCUAAUGCAGUCUCUGAUGGUAGCACUUCUUCUUUCAUUAGUCUGCAAAGGUACUGUCAACGCGACAGAACAGGAUCAUCAGAAAAUCAAUACUCAUCAGCAGAUUCGUAUAGACAGGAGGUGGCCGGUCCUGACAACAAAAGUAGCGCCUGCGAAGGUGGCGAUGAAGAAGACGGGGAAGAUGAGGAGGACGACGACGACGAGGACGAUGGCAGCAACUUCGUAGAGGCCGCUCUUCCGUCCACGUCUAAAAAACGACGUGGAAAGGCCUACCAUCUUCGAAAACUCAAGGCCAGUUGCAAGCCGGAAGAGCUGCAAAAACUGAAGCUACAGUGCGAGAUACUUGUGCGAGACUGCAUCGCGGGACUUCUUGCUAAUCUCUCGUUACGUGACUUUCAGGAGGUCGAAAGCGAGUUAAACCGAGCAAUUUGCUGGUAUCUAAGUUGCGACAGGUACUGGGAAGACACCAAGAGGCCGCAGCGUCAUACUCCGUGGUAUUUACUGAUUACAUUUUUGGUCCUAUUGUCCGCAAGUGUAUUCGGAUGUUACUACAUCGUAUGGAUAGUUUUCAACUCCGCAGAGGACUCGAGGAUUGACAGAGAGGGUGGAAUUCUGCAGUAUAAUCAUAGUACCGAUCUUACCACUUCACACUAUCACGAAUCAAAUAUACACGGCUCUGGAAGGUUGGACGACAGGAGGAAAGCAGAAAUUAUGGACGAAUCAUUAGCAGCUGCUGGCGAGGACAUGCCAGACCAUUACAUAUACGUUGCUUAUCCACCUGAAUUAAAACGUCGUUUAUUGGAAAGCUGUUAUAACAGGACCACUCGGCUGUGACGUUGUAUAGCUGAAGAAGCGCCGGCAAGCGGACAAUCGAUCCCUUCAAAAAUCGUCCGACGUUCUUCUAUUCUUUAUUUUGUACACUCACCAUAAAUAAAUUCAAUUCUCCCAC